AUGUUCCGCGCAGCAGCUCCAGGGCCCUACGAUGAGGCCGUCGCCAAGGCGACGGACGAGAACCUCACCUCCGAGGACUGGGGCUCAAUUAUGGAGGUUUGCGACCGCGUGUCCAGUGAUGCCAACGGUUCCCAGCAGGCCGUCCAGGCCCUGAUCAAGCGUCUGGCCCACCGCAACGCCAACGUGCAACUCUACACCCUCGAGGUCGCCAACGCCCUGAGCCAGAACUGCGGGAAGCCCAUGCACCGCGAGCUGGCCAGUCGCGCAUUUACAGAUGCCUUACUUAAGCUGGCCAACGACCGCAACACCCACAACCAGGUCAAGGCCAAGAUUCUCGAGAGGAUGAAGGAGUGGUCCGACAUGUUCAGCAAGGACUCCGACCUGGGGAUCAUGUACGACGCUUACUUCCGCCUCAAGCAGACCAACCCACAGCUACAACCGCCCUCCGCGCCGCAGAAGAACAGUCUGACCGACGUCGACCGCCAAAAGGAGGAGGAGGAGCUCCAGAUGGCGUUGAAACUGAGCCUGCAGGAGGAGGACAGGAAGAAGUCAGCACAGCAGCCAGCCCCCGCGGGGCCAAGUAGCAGCGGCGCCGCAGCACCUCAGGAGGCGGCCCCAGCGGCUCCCAUACAGCCCAUGCCUUCAGGGACCACGGCAGCGACGGUGAGCCGGGUACGCGCUCUCUACGACUUCGUGCCGUCCGAGCCCGGCGAGCUGGAAUUCAAGAGGGGCGAUGUCAUUGCCGUCUUGGAGAGUGUGUACAAAGACUGGUGGCGGGGCUCGUUGAAGGGAAAGACGGGCAUUUUCCCCCUAAACUACGUCGAGAAGUUGACGGACCCGACGCCCGAUGAGUUGCAGCGAGAGGCGCAGAUGGAAGCCGAAGUGUUCGCGGAGAUCAAGAACGUCGAGAAGCUGUUGACACUGUUGAGCACGAACAGUGCACCGCGGGAGGAGGACAACGAGGAGAUCUCGAAGCUUUACCACCAGACAUUGGCCAUUCGCCCCAAGCUGAUCAAGUUGAUCGAGAAGUACUCACAGAAGAAGGAUGACUUCACUCAAUUGAAUGAGAAAUUCAUAAAGGCACGGAGAGACUACGAGGCGUUGCUCGAAUCCUCCAUGUCACACCCACCACAGUCCAACUACACGCAAUACGCCAUGCGGCCAGCAAUACCUCAAGGCAAGAGCCACAAGGCUACGGUGCACCCCCUGGCCCUGGCUACCCUCAACAGCCACCUCAAGAUCCUCAGAGGUUCUACACACCCGCUCCCGCACAAGCACCCCCAGUCCACCCCAUCUCCCGCAUUCCAGAGACCGAGUGCCACUCCGGCCCCCUUCUACAUGGCUGGAGCGGAAGUCCCGGCUACGGCGGGUCAGUAUCCGCCUCAGAACCAGGGCCAGCGCGUUCCCUCCGCAGGGAAACAGCCUGACGUCCCGCCUAUCCAAACAAACACAUCGCCACCACCAGCGAACCAAUAUGUUCCCUACUCUCGCCCCCCUAUCCCGGGCUCCCAGGCGCCACCACAAGAGCACCAGCGACCCCAGAGCACAUACGGUCCGGGUUCGGGUCCUAACAAUCCACAAGAGCUGUCCACAUCCGUCUACGACUCUCCCGUAGCAUCACACAACCCCCAAUCCGCAGCCACUUAUACCUCCUCGGCUUAUUCCCCAGAUGAUGGCCCGUCAGCACCAAGCGAGCCGUCAUAUCCUGCGCCAUCCGCCCCGUCCGCCCCUUCUGCGCCCGGCGUGCCUGGUAGCCUGAUGCCAGGCGCCCCGCCGCCGCUGCAGCCGAGUGGCCCCGCGUAUGAUGCGAGGCGCUCCUCCGGCGGACAAGCGCAGUAUAAACCUUACGUUCCUCCAUCAAAUGCUUAUUAG